UGAAAGCAAGGUCUUCACAUUGUGGAGCUGUCAUUCAAACUUUGCACAAGAAGAGAGGGAACAAGAGUGGAUUAAAUAACUGGAAGACAGAGAUUAAGGAGCAAAGGAUAGCAAAUAAGGUCACACCAGAAAGUAUCUGAAGCAUAAUACACGGAGAUAAUAUGACUGAAAACGGCUGUGAGCACCGUGAGAGGGUGCUGACGAUGGACACGAUGAACCCGAACAUUAAACGCGUGGAAUACGCUGUUCGGGGUCCCAUAGUCCAGAGAGCAGUUCAGAUCGAAAGAGAACUCAAGAUGGGUGUAAAUAAGCCAUUCACAGAGGUCAUUAAAGCCAACAUCGGUGACUGCCACGCUAUGGGCCAGAAACCCAUCACCUUCUUCAGACAGGUCUUGGCAAUGUGCUCUUAUCCAGAUCUUCUUGAAGACAGCAAAUUUCCAGAAGAUGCCAAAAGUAGAGCACGCCGCAUUCUCCAAGCUUGUGGUGGAGGAAGUCUCGGGGCUUACAGUACUAGUCAGGGAAUUGAAAUGAUUCGGCAGGACGUCGCUCGCUAUAUUGAACGGCGAGAUGAAGGAAUCGCAUGUGACCCUGACAACAUUUACCUAUCAACAGGAGCCAGUGAUGCGAUCGUGACCAUGCUAAAGUUACUAGUGUCAGGGGAAGGAAUGUCUCGUACGGGAGUGAUGAUAUCAAUCCCUCAGUACCCACUGUACUCCGCUGCUCUGGCUGAGUUGGGUGCUGUGCAAAUCAGUUACUAUUUGGAUGAAGACAACUGCUGGAGUUUGGACAUCAAUGAAUUACGGCGCGCCCUGCAGGAAGCAAAAAAGCACUGCAGCCCUCGAGCACUGUGCAUUAUCAAUCCUGGCAACCCCACAGGUCAAGUGCAAAGUCGGCAGUGCAUUGAAGAUGUGAUCCGAUUUGCUGCGACAGAAAACCUUUUCCUCAUGUCUGACGAGGUCUAUCAGGACAAUGUUUAUGCAGACGGGUGUAAGUUUCACUCCUUUAAGAAGGUACUGUUUGAAAUGGGUCCAGAAUACUCUGAGAAAGUGGAACUAGCUUCGUUUCACUCAACGUCAAAGUGCUACAUGGGAGAGUGUGGUUUUCGUGGUGGUUAUAUGGAGGUGGUAAAUCUAGACCCGGAGGUGAAAGUUCAACUCACUAAGCUGGUGUCUGUGCGGCUGUGUCCUCCGGUGCCUGGUCAGGCUCUUCUAGAUGUGGUGGUCAAUCCACCUCAACCAGAUGAACCCUCAUAUGACACAUUCAUCAAGGAACGCACAGAAACUUUGGCCACACUAGCAGAGAAAGCCAACAUGACGCAAGAGAUCUUGAAUCAAGUCCCAGGAAUAAAGUGUAACCCAGUGCAGGGUGCAAUGUACACUUUCCCACGGAUCCACCUCCCACCAAAAGCCAUCCUGGAGGCCAAGGAGAAGGGACAAUCUCCAGAUAUGUUCUACUGUAUGAAGCUUUUGGAAGAAACAGGCAUCUGUUUGGUUCCUGGCAGCGGCUUUGGACAGCGAGAUGACACCUACCAUUUCAGAAUGACCAUCCUUCCUUCAAAAGAGAAACUGAAGAUAGUGUUGGCCAAGAUUAAGGAGUUUCACCAGCAUUUCACGGACCAAUACUCUUAACCCUUGCCAUCUCAUUUUCUGACAGACUUAACCAAAUCCUCAAUUUCUCACAUAAAGCUACUGCACUUUUGGGAUGUGUUCUAUAGGUAAAUACCUGCAAUGCAAAUUAAGUCCUAUCUCACAGCAUGGACAAUGUGAGGUGAACACGAGCCAUGCUGAGAGGACAGUAUUUUAUCCACCCCGGCUUCUAUAAAUGGCAAUGUCAAAUGUUUUUGGGG